AUGCAAAAUGAUUUAAAUCAAUCGUCUACAAUAAAUACUACCACAUUAAGACGUUUUACAGUUGAUAGAAGUGCAUUUGAAAUUCGUCAAUUAAUACAAAGUAUGUUAGAAAAUUGUUCAUUUGAAAUGCGUUUAUUAGAAACAACAAAUCGUCUUUUAAAACGUGAUUUAUAUGAUAAUGUUAAUCAAUUAAAUUUGAUAUCAAAUAAAAGUAUACCAAUUCGAAUACAAUUAUGUUUCUAUUGUCAUAAAACAUUCUACGAUAAUAGGAAAAAAUUUGUUAUAUUUGCUUGUAAACAUACAUUUCAUACAAAUUGUUUAAUUAAUAUUAAAAAUGAAUGGAAAAAAUUUAAUUCUACAAUAACAACAACAACAACAAUGAAUAGUAAAUCAAUUAAUAUAUUUGAUUAUUGUCCAGAAUGUUCAAAAUUAUCGAUGAUUAAUUCAUCACAAACUACAGUGACUAAUAGUAAUCAAAAUCAUUUAACACAUCUAUCUAUUGGUGAUUUUUCUAUAGAAAAUGAAAAUGAAAAUGAAAAUGAAAAUGAAAAUGAAAAAGAAAAAGAAACAAUAUCAACUAUACAACAACAAGUGAUUGAAACAAUACUUGAACGAAAACGAUUGAAUGUUCAUCAAUUAUUAAUUAAUGAUGAUAAUAAUAACAAUGAUGAUUAUACAAAUAAUCAAUCAGUUCUAUUAACAAUAAAUUCUUUUCUUCCACAAAACUAUCUAAGAAAAAAUACAAUGGAUUUAGUACCUAAUAAAUGGCGAGAAUAUUUAUCACAGACAAAUAAUUGA